AUGGACUCAAACGAAGGAGAACACCCAGGUACCCCGUCAUUGGGCGACAAGAUGGACAUAGACAUCCAAGAAACAGCCACAGAGCCCGAACCCAUCGCAACAACGCCCACGCCCCGACGCCGUGGCCGUCCUCCAAAAGCCAAGUCAAACAGCAACACUCCCAAUGCGAAAUCAACCGUCGUGCCCGUCUUUUCAACUCCCAAGAAACCCACAGGCUUCAAUGCCCUCACACCCGGCAGAGCGGCAGACCGAUCUGCGCGGAAGAAGAGCGCAAGAGCCUUGAUAGACCGAGUCGUUGGAGACGGAGGGAGCGACGACGACGACGACAUUGCGAGGCAGAUUUACGAGUCGAGCGAUGCUGGAGACGAAGACGACGGCGAAGACGAGCUCGAGGAGAGAACGGACGGCGAGGCAGCAGGCUUUGUGGCGGACGAAGCUGCGACGCCUUCAAAAACGCCGGCGAGGCGAAAGGCAAGGCCCAAGAGAGCCAGGUCGCCAACGCCGCCGAGAAACUUGCCGCCCCAUGAGCUGUACUUUUUGCACAACAAGCCCGGCCGGCCCAAGACGUCGGACAAUACCUUGACGUCCCUCAACUUGCUCUCCCACGACGAGUACUUUAGCAUUCUACGGGAACACAAGGAUCGCCACGCCGAGAAUAUCGACUAUCUUGAGUCCCUCCACGCAGAGUCGUUUCCGCAAUGGGCGUUUGAGCUAUCCCAGGGCUUCAGCGUAUGCCUCUAUGGCCUGGGGUCCAAGAGGCAUCUCCUGCGCAAGUUUGCGACCUACAUCCACUCCAACAACAACAAGUCCACAAAGGCCGGCAAGAUUGUCAUGGUCAACGGCUACGCUCACACGGCAAACCUCCGCGAAAUCCUCAGCGUCGUCGCGUCCGCCAUUGAUCCCACUCAAAGAGUGCCAAGCGCUCAACCCGCCGUCAUGAUCCAAAGCAUCGUCUCCCUUCUCUCCACCACGAAACUCACCAUCACAAUCAUCGUCAACUCCAUCGACGCCAUUCCCCUCCGCAAGCCCGGCUCUCAAGCUAUCCUCUCCCAGCUCGCGGCCCAUCCACAGAUCAACCUCGUGGGUUCCGCCGACUCGCCCGAUUUCCCCUUGCUGUGGGAUAUUGGCGUUCGGUCAGACUUCAACUUUGUCUUUCACGACUGCACCACCUUUUCUCCUUUCAAGGCCGAGCUCGACGUCAUAGAUGACGUGCACGAACUGCUUGGCCGGCAAUCCCAGCGCGUCAACGGUCGUGAGGGUGUCGCGUUUGUUCUCAAGAGUCUUACGGAAAACGCAAAGAACCUGUUUCGCCUGCUUGUCGGCGAGGUUCUCAUCGCGAUGGAAGACGAAGGCGACGACGGCGUUGGUCUGGAGUAUAGAAUGGUAUAUAACAAGGCCGUGGAGGAAUUCAUUUGCAGCUCCGAAAUGGCUUUUCGGACGCUGCUCAAGGAGUAA